CCACCCACCCCUCCCUCCCUCCCUCCCUCCCCAUGUAGCACCAGCAGCAUCAAGAAAAAGGAAAUCGAGAAAUCGAGAUUUCGACAUCAUGCAAGAAAAGGCGACAGCCCUUCGAGGGAAUAUCAUAUUGAGUGUGUACGCAUAAUCACGCAAAAAAGCAAAAAAAAAUGUUCAAAGAUCCCUCAAAUUUGCAUCAUCACCUUUCUUCUUCCUCCUCCUCCUCCUCCUCUUCUUCUUUAGUUUCUUAAACUCUCUCCAUUCUCACCUACUACCAUACCUUACCCUACCCACCAUCUCUCUGUCUCUCUCUCUGUGUCUCUCAAAGUCCAAAGUUCAACAGUGAAACACAGCUCGAAUUCUUGAUUCUUCUGCUAUUCAUUCGAACGGAAGUCCUUUGCUUUCUCUCUCUCUCUCUCUCUCUCUCUCUCACGCACGCAUCAAACCAAUCAUGGCGAUCGAGCACUCCUGGGAAGCACCCACUCAUUGACAGCCAGCUCCACAAAAAGACCCUUUUACUUCGUUUGCCUCCUCCUUGCGAGAGCGGAGCGGAGCUGAGCUGAGCUGAGCUGAUCGGACUAUGUCCAUGACGUCCCAGAGUCAACUCCGUCCCUAAGAAGCGUUUUAGUCUCCGGGUAUCGAGAGAGAAAACGAUUCAUGGACUCGUUCGCGCACCCCUCGGCCUUUAGCAUGGUCGGCGGCGACGGCGACGGCGACGGCGACGGGGACGCGAGCUUCGCCGGCGUCCUGGAGGUCCACGUCCACCACGCGAGGAACAUCCACAACAUCUGCAUCUACGACAACCAGGACGUGUACGCCAAGUUCUCCCUCACCUACAGCCCCGACGACGCCCUCUCCACCCGCGUCGCCUGCGGCGGCGGCAAGAACCCGGAAUUCAACGAGUCCCUCGUCCUCGAGGUGGCGCAGCCCGACUCGGUCCUCAAGUGCGAGGUGUGGAUGCUGAGCCGCGCGCGGCACUUCAUGGAGGACCAGCUCCUUGGGUUCGCCCUCGUCCCGCUGUCGCAGAUCGCCGGCAAGGGCAAGGUCACCCGCGACUACAGCCUCUCGUCCACCGACCUCUUCCACUCCCCUGCUGGGACCGUCCGGCUCGGCCUCCAGCUCACCGCGUCGGCCCCGGUCGACUCGGCGGCCAACUCGUCGAUCAGCUCCGAGGUGGUGCUGCUCGACCGGAAAGUCUCGGAGGUGAUCCCCGACCCGGUCGAGUAUGCCAAGAUCGAGUUCCCCGAAAUCAGCGUCGUGAGGGAGAAUCAGAAGAUGGUGUCCGAGUACUUUGACCUGGCGAGUCAGGGCUCGACGAGCUCCGGCUCGAAGCCCAACAGCAAUGGCGGGUUCUUCGGGUCCUUUCUCCAUCUGGGCUCGUCCCCGACCGCGAUCGACGAUUGCGAGAUGGGUCAAAAUCACGCCUUGGAGCGAUCCGACUUCUCCAUCUCGCCGGACGGGAGUUGCCGGAACUCCGGGUUCCUGAGCUCGACUACCACCAGCUUGAGCGACGAUCGGAACUCGGCCGAGUCAACGGUCGAGAAGAAGGCACGGUCCGGCUCAGGUUCGGGCAUCGACGCGUUGAAUUCAGCGAAUCCCGAGGCCAGCCAGGGCUGUGGAGCCUGCCCUGACACUCCGACUUCGAAGAAGGCGUGCGAGAUCAUCAAGAUCGUGAAAAAUGAGAACGAGGAGUGUGAUUCCGAGGAAGGAGCGAUCAAGGGAAGUAAUAAUGAAGAAGGGGAUGCGGAUGUGAAAGUGAACACGGAUCGUGCGAAGUUCGGUCAUCAUCACCAGGUGUUUUCUGCGCCAAUUGCGAACAUGAAUCUCGAGGCAGAGCAAUCGGCGAUGCAACAGCAGAUUGUGGACAUGUACAUGAGAAGCAUGCAUCAAUUCACGGAGUCCCUGGCUAAAAUGAAGCUCCCUAUGGACAUCGACAAGCCUGAGAUCAAAGAAGAGCUGGCCACCACCGGCGAGAUCCGGACUCAAGUAGGCAACUUGGAUUUGGAGAACAAUAACAACAGUAACAGCAACAGGAAGGAUCAGUCGCGGGUUUUCUAUGGUAGCCGCGCAUUCUUCUGAUCAAUAACCGCAAAUAGGAUGCCGAUUUACGCACGCGUCGAUCCUGUCGAGCAGGGCUGCGAGGAUAUUAACUUGUUAGUGCUGUUGCAAUAGUACUCGAAUUAAUUUAUGACCCCCCCCAGAGCAUAUGUCCUCUGAGUUUGAAUUCAAGUCUAAUGGUCGCCCACCAGCCACCACAACAGACAGAGUGAUUGUCUAAAUUGUGUUCAUUGUGCUAUAAGUAUCGUGAUUCCAGGUUCAAGAAA